AUGGAUCAAUAUCAUCAAUCCCACGGUGCCCUGGCGGGCUUUAUGGAUUCAAUGCAACAAGAUUCGAACAUGUCAGCCUACUCCAUGUUCGGGGCACAACAAUAUCCUGAGAACUUGGCGUUCUGGCAUGAUCCAUCCGCUGCUCCGCCGGCGAUGACUAUUCCCGCGCCGUACAAGCAGCCAACUUUGCUUCAUCCUCUGCCAGAUCAGAAGAAGCACAAGCGCACCCGAAGUGGUUGCUUUACCUGUCGUUCGCGCCGCAUUAAAUGUGAUGAGUCUCGUCCAGUUUGCGAACGAUGUCGGAAAGGUAGUCGCGACUGCGUCUACCCGACCCCCGCGGUUGGAUCUUCCAAGACUGGCGCCCGUACCUCGGCAAAGACCCGGGCUGGUCGUCCGCAUUCUCAGGGAAGUGAUUCUUCUGGUAAAUUAGGGACUGAGGAGAUCAGUCCUUUGGAACCUAUUCUUGAUGAAGAUGAACCCGACAGUGCCGCUGGUCAGGCUUCCAGGCCUUCACCAUCAAGCAGUACAGGGCAAUCAUCUCGGCCUGAUCUGCACAGGUCGCAGAGUGGACAGUCGUUGCGAAAACGCAGCUUGAAGACUGUCUCUGAGGCUGGCUCGUUUAGUAUGGAACCUGGAAGUUCGCCUUCUACCGAGUCUUCACGGUUUGAGUCGGUGAGUGUGCGAUCGGCCAGUGUUACCCAGACUACCACGGAUAUGCUCAAUUCAGCUCGCGUGUCCGAAGAUCUGCGGUUCUAUCUCAAUUUUCACCAGGAUUUCAUCACGCCUGGCCAUUUCUUCUUGAGGAGAGGAAGUAUGGUCUUCGUUCAGCACAGUAUCAUCGAGCUGGCUUUACAGUAUGAACCUUUGCUAUAUGCUCUGGUGGGCUUUGCUGCAUAUCACCAUACCUUGCAGAGCUCGGGAGGAAAACUUUACACCUUUCUCAAAUAUUAUAAUAAAGCGCUGGUGCUCUUAAGAAAGUCUCUUAGUUCUGGUGAGGAACAUACAGAGGCAACCUUGUGCACUGUUCUGGUCUUGACAACUUUCGAGGAAUACACUGGAGAUUGGCUAAAUUUAAUCGAUCAUCACCAAGCAGCUCACGCAUUAAUGCGGGAACUUCUCACACCCGACUCUUCCAACCUGAACGAAUUACACACCAAUAUCUUCCUCUGGUAUGCGCGGUUUGACGUGGUUGCGGGAAUUCUGGCCGGGACAGAGGCAAUUCUCGGUCGAGAUUGGUAUCUUGCAAAGGAACAGUACGAUGCAGAACAAGCAUCUCUCUACCCCGAGGAUGCACGUAAGCAGCUCGAAUUGGUUGCUUCCAUUAACCGGCGCUUUGGUUUGGAUAUGGCCUCGCUUUACGCAAAGCUGUCUCAAGGACUGAUUGCAUUCGAGGACUUUGCUGUGCAGAACGAGCUUCUCGGACAAACGAUUGAACGAGCAAAGAAUAUUAUGAGGUCAUUCGAUGAUUGCGAAUACACCGUUCGCUCAUAUCCAGACCAGCAGCCUUUGACGGAAGAAGAUAUUGUGGAUCCCUAUGUCCCGGGUCGUAUCCAUGAAGGACCUUUGUGGGAUGCGAACUACAUUUGGAUUGAUCUUCUUUCUACCGAAUUGAUGUACAAGUACCAGACAAUGCUGGCACUGAGACAACCUCUUCUCCCCGAGUUAACCGCACUAGCCUGGGAACAAGCUCAGCUCAUGGAGACGAUCAAUCGCUGGCCGAAGAAACCAAACGGAGCUUGCAUCGGGUUCAAAAACAGCAUCGGAAUCACCAGCAUGUUCCUUCCCAGAGAUACCAAUAAUGAGAUGUGGUGUCGGCGCAGGAUCGCGCAGAUGGAACAAACAGGUUACAUACUCCAACCUAAAUUCCGUGAAGUGCUCUCCGCCGUCUGGCAAGACCCCGAACUCAUGAACUGGUGGCUUCCAAACAACGAAGGCUGCUCCGAUCUUGUCCACGAAAUCCGCACCAUGACCGAUGACCGCCAGAAACAGCCCCGCGACGACUUCCGCUCCAGUGUACGCGAUAUGAAAUCAAUGUUUUGGAAAUUGAAUGUCAACGAUGAGGGAGACGAGCUCAGUCCUGGAAGCAGUCAAGGGGGGUUUCUCCUGAGCUAA